AAUAAUAAUAAAUAAAAAAAAAAAAUCAAAUGUUUAACUAUCCAUUUCUAUUGGUGUUGAAGGGAUUGUGAAGGAUUUCACAGUGCCUCAUUCAUCAAACUUACUGUUAAAUAUUUCUGUAACUUUUAAUAAUAGUGAAGUUAAAUAAAUAAUUAAUUAGUGUAAAAAAGUAAUUAAUAGUUAUUAGAAAUUGAUUAGAGAAGUACGAUAUUGACAUGAAGUGGUUGAAUGCGGGCAAUGGCGGUUGUGAAGAGCCGGCACCCCAAAUGCAGCUACAUCAUCCAGCUGCGAAUGGACAUAUACCCACUGAUAUUGAGCAGUGUGGACCAAUGGCAAAUGACGCGAUAUCAAUUCAACACGGACAAGCAAGUCAAAUGAAUUUAAAUAGAGCACAAGAUGAUGCUAUGGUUGGAUAUGUUUUUCAACGAUCAGCUGAAACUGAAUUUAGUGGACAAGUAUCAACUUUUCAAGGAAAACAAUUACCACGAGCUUGGGCAUUAGAUGAUGAUGCUAUUAUUGAAAAUCAUCAUGAAAAAUGGAAAUAUCCAAUGAAUAAACUUGGAGUACUUCAACAAACUCAGCCUCAACAAAUUGCUCUUCAACAAAUGAAUAAUGUUCAUGUACCUUAUGAAAUUCAUCCAGUACAACUCAAGAGUGGAGCUCUUGGAACAGAACAUUUGAUGUACUUGAAUAAUCAAAUACCAACACAACAACAUGUAGCUGUGUUUCAUCAUCAUCACCAUCAUCAUCAACAGCAACAACAACAACAACAACAACAGCAACAACAACAACAGCAGCAACAACAACAGCAACAACAACAACAUCAACAGCAACAACAACAACAUCAUCAUCAACAUCAACAAAAUGAAUUACAACAAGAUCAAUUUCAACAGCAAAUAUCACAACAAGAUCAACAACAAAUUAGAAAUUCUCAGAUUGCACCGUCUGCAAAAAAACUUUGGGGUGUAGACGAAGGUGGUUCCAAGGAUGAAGGUGGUAUCAAAGGUGGUGGAAUACUUCAUCUAGGUGAUCAUCAAAUGUGGCGAGACUCCACCUGGAGUAAUCCAGAUCAUGCAGUAUCACAAGCAAUAUCGAUGGGAGGAGGAAGACGAGUUGGUGUUGCGACUGGCUAUCAAGCAUCAGAUAUUGGUGCCAUUCUCAGUCCAAGAAGCAGUGAAACUGGUGGUCUUGGUGUCAAGAUGGUUGAAUAUGUUCUUGGAUCAAGUCCGACAACACCAAAAGAUCUUGAACCUCAAAUGGCUGGUUUAAGACUGAGCAAUGACAAUGACAAAAAAGAUACAGAUAAAGGAUCUGCAAGUCCAUUUGAUGGAUCUAAUAAAGACGAGUCAGGAUCACAAGGAAAUGGUCUUGUUUUACAAAAUGGUCUUGACGAUGACAAAGGUUUUAACCGGACACCUGGUAGUAGACAACCAUCACCUGGUGAGGAUGAAUUUCACAAAAAUGCUGUAGCAUCAUUAACAGUUAAUGCUGGUGGUGGUGUUGUACUUUUAAAACCUGGUAUUGAUGGUGUUAGUAAUGAGGAACAUUUUAUGGCAUCAUUUGCUCCACAAUCAUCACAUCAUCUUCAACAUCAAGCACUACCUACUCAUCAUCUACAACAUUCUCAUUCUCAUGCUGCUCAACUUUUUGGAACACCUGGAUCUAUACCAAUUCAAGGACCAAAUGCACAACAGCAACAACAAAGUCUGCAGCAACCACAAGAUACCUCUGCUCACUUUGACGUUCAGCAACUUUUUCGAACUCAGGGUGCAACACCACAUCAACUUCAGUUGCUUCAACAACAACAACAAUAUUUAGCAGCCUCACAAAUACAAGUACAACAACAUCAACAGCAACAUCAACAACAACAACAACAGCAGCAACAACAACAACAGCAACAACAACAACAACAGCAGCAACAUCAACAACAACAGCAUCAAAAUUUUUCAACUGCUCCAUAUACAGUAAUAAGUGGUCAAGAGCCAUAUGUUGGAGCAUUAAUUGCUGGUGCACCACCGGUAGUACCACAGUAUUAUGGAGUUGGUCCAUGGGUUUAUCCAGCUGGUUUAUUACCACAGGCACCACCACAAGCAGCUGCACCACCACCACAACCUAGACGACCAUUGACACCAUCUUCAACAGUUGUUACUGCUCAAGAUACAACUAAUAAUUUAGCACAAACUGUUCAAGGACAGUAUCAAGUUAUUCCAGCAUAUUAUGAUCAAAAUGGUUCAAUUGUUAUGGGUAGCGUUCGUGGAUUAAGCUCAGCAGCAACUCCAAUGCGAUUAGUUAGUCCAGCACCUGUUUUAGUUAAUCGAGCUCCAUCACAAGCACCACCUGGACAACCAGCACCACCACCACCGAGUUUGUACUCACAACCAACUCCAACUUCACAUAAUAAUGCUUCAACUGGUGAAUGUUUAGGUUUGGCAGCAUGCAGCGCGGCAGCAGUAGCACAGGCACAGGCAGUUGCUGUGCAGCAGGUGCAGCAACAAGGUUCUGGACUUACUGCAGGUCUUGCGGCACUUGGCUAUGGUGGAUCACCAUUAGGUGCCCUUGGCUCUCCCGCACAACUCCAAAGCACAGCUUUAAAUCUUGGUGCUCCAUCAACUGGUAGACGAGAUUCAUUUGACAGAAAUACAUCUGCAUUUAGUCCAAGUCUUGAAUAUGGUCGUGGAAAAUGGCCUCAAAGUUACGGUGCACUUGGCACUGUAACAGCAUCACCUAGUCCUUUGGGUCUUUCAUUGACACCACCACCUACACUUGGUGGUUCACUUGGAGGUCUUGUAAGUGGCUCAAAUCGUGUAUCAGCUGCACCAGGAGCUGAAGCAAAAUUCCGUGCUAGUGGUUUACCCGGUACACUUGCUGCAAAUAAUGGAUUUGGAUCAACCAGCUCUCUAUUUCCUACUUUAGUUACUAAACCUGGACGUGGUAGUGCUACCAGUAUAGCUGACAAAGCUGCUGUUGGUCGUUCACGACUUUUAGAAGAUUUUAGAAAUAAUAGAUUUCCCAGUCUUCAAUUGAGAGACCUGACAAAUCACAUUGUUGAAUUUAGCCAAGAUCAACAUGGUUCACGUUUUAUUCAACAAAAAUUAGAACGAGCUUCAACAGCUGAAAAACAACUUGUCUUCCAAGAAAUUCUUGCAUCAGCAUAUGGACUUAUGACAGAUGUAUUUGGAAAUUAUGUAAUACAAAAAUUUUUUGAAUUUGGUACACCUGAUCAAAAACAUACACUUGCACAAAAGGUACGAGGUCAUGUAUUACCACUGGCACUUCAGAUGUAUGGUUGUCGAGUUAUUCAAAAAGCACUUGAAUCAAUAUUGCCAGAUCAACAGCAAGAAAUUGUUCAUGAACUUGAUGGUCAUGUAUUAAAAUGUGUUAAAGAUCAAAAUGGUAAUCAUGUUGUACAAAAAUGCAUUGAAUGUGUUGAACCACGAGCAUUACAAUUUGUCAUUGGUGCAUUUGUUGGUCAAGUUUAUUCUUUAAGUACACAUCCAUAUGGUUGUCGUGUUAUUCAACGUAUACUUGAGCAUUGUACACCUGAACAAACACAUGGCAUAUUACAAGAAUUACACACAGCAACAGAUCAACUUAUUCAAGAUCAAUAUGGAAAUUAUGUUAUUCAGCAUGUUCUUGAACAUGGUAAAAUUGAAGAUAAAGCACAGCUUAUAAGUAGUGUAAGGGGUAAAGUAUUAACACUAUCACAGCAUAAAUUUGCUAGUAAUGUUGUUGAAAAAUGUGUGACUCAUGCAACAAGACAAGAACGUGCUGUACUCAUUGAAGAAGUUUGUGGUUUUAAUGACAAUGCUCUAAAUGUUAUGAUGAAAGAUCAAUAUGCAAAUUAUGUUGUUCAAAAAAUGAUUGAUGUUGCUGAACCAACACAGCGUAAAAUUUUGAUGCACAAAAUUCGUCCUCAUUUAAAUAGUCUUCGUAAAUAUACAUAUGGAAAACAUAUUAUUGUUAAACUUGAAAAAUUUUUCAUGAAAACAGCAUCGGCAAUGGGUGCAUCAACGACACCAUCAACUGGUAGUGAAUUAGGUCCAAUUGGACCACCACCAACAUCAGUAACAAGUACUGUGCCGACUACGGCUCAACAGUCAACACAGGUUUUAUAAAUUACACACUAUAUACAUAAUUAUUUCUUAGAUAGGCCUUUAAAAAAAAAAAAAACAAUGCAAUAAUGCAUUCUAUAAUUCGAUGGUAAAUUUUUAAAAAAUUAUUUUAUUAUUUUUAUUUUUUUUUCACUGUAUAUGUCUUUUACUGUAAAUCACUUAUUCGGAUAGAAUUAUUGUAUUUAUAUUUAAAUCGAAUUUAACGGAAAGACACACCAGUGAUAUGAAAAUUCAGACAAAAAAAUAAACGCGACUUUCAAUUCGAAAUUAUUUUCAUCGAAAUAACGACA